AUGGUUUACAGUGGAUUUGGAAUGGAACAAAUACGUCCUCCACCGGACAAAGAUACCCCAUUCAGUCAACUUACAGCAGACCAACAAGGUGAAAAGGGUGCACAGAUGAUGAUGGACUUUAUGACCUCAUGUCCUGGAAAAUCUGUAAUUAGUGGUGUUACGGGUUUUGCAUUAGGUGGUGUUCUGGGUCUAUUCAUGGCGUCCAUGGCAUAUGAUACUCCGUUACACGUUCCUACUCCUGGUAAUCUGGCAAGUCCUAUUCAACAGAUGGCCGAUUUACCAAUGAAACAACAAAUCAAAUUACAAUUUGCUGAUAUGGGUAAAAGAUCUUAUUCCAGUGCGAAGAAUUUUGGGUAUAUUGGUUUGAUCUACGCCGGUGUGGAGUGUGUUGUGGAAUCCACAAGAGCAAAGAGUGAUAUAUAUAAUGGUGUUUCUGCAGGUUGUAUCACCGGUGCUGGUUUAGCCUAUAAGAGUGGACCGCAAGCUGCUGCAAUUGGGUGUGCUGGUUUUGCAUUGUUUUCAGCUGCUAUCGAUAUGUAUAUGAAGAGUGAAGAUGGGACACCACCAGCAAAUGAUUUCAAUGAUUGA